CAUCUACUCACCCCGCUGCCUCUCGCCACAGUUCCGGGAGAAUGUCCAGGACGUGCUGCCCACCCUGCCGAACCCGGAUGACUAUUUCCUCCUGCGCUGGCUCCGAGCAAGAAGCUUCGACCUGCAGAAGUCAGAGGCCAUGCUCCGGAAGCAUGUGGAGUUUCGAAAGCAAAAGGACAUUGACAACAUCAUUAGCUGGCAGCCUCCAGAGGUGAUCCAACAGUACUUGGCAGGGGGCAUGUGCGGCUAUGACCUGGAUGGCUGCCCAGUCUGGUAUGAUAUCAUUGGACCUUUGGAUGCCAAGGGUCUGCUGUUCUCAGCCACCAAACAGGACCUACUCAGGACCAAGAUGCGGGACUGUGAGCUGCUGCUGCAGGAAUGUGCUCACCAGACUGCAAAGUUGGGGAAGAAGGUGGAGACCAUCACCAUGAUUUAUGACUGUGAAGGGCUUGGCCUCAAACACCUCUGGAAGCCUGCUGUGGAAGCCUAUGGAGAGUUUCUCUGCAUGUUUGAGGAAAAUUAUCCCGAAACACUGAAGCGUCUUUUUGUUGUUAAAGCCCCCAAGCUAUUCCCUGUGGCUUAUAACCUCAUCAAACCCUUCCUGAGUGAGGACACUCGUAAGAAGAUCAUGGUCUUGGGAGCAAACUGGAAGGAGGUUUUACUGAAACAUAUCAGCCCCGACCAGGUGCCUGUGGAGUAUGGGGGCACCAUGACUGACCCCGAUGGAAACCCCAAGUGCAAAUCCAAGAUCAACUAUGGGGGUGACAUCCCCAAGAAGUACUACGUGCGUGACCAGGUGAAGCAGCAGUAUGAACACAGUGUGCAAAUUUCCCGCGGCUCCUCCCACCAAGUGGAGUACGAGAUCCUCUUCCCAGGCUGUGUCCUCAGGUGGCAGUUUAUGUCAGAUGGGGCGGACAUUGGUUUUGGGAUUUUUCUGAAGACCAAGAUGGGUGAGCGGCAGCGGGCAGGGGACAUGACAGAAGUGCUGCCCAACCAGAGGUACAACUCCCACAUGGUCCCUGAGGAUGGGACCCUCACCUGCAGCGACCCUGGCAUCUAUGUCCUGCGGUUCGACAACACGUACAGCUUCAUUCAUGCCAAGAAGGUCAGUUUCACUGUGGAAGUCCUGCUUCCAGACAAAGCUUCAGAAGAGAAGAUGAAACAGCUGGGGGAAGCCACCCCAAAAUAACGCCUCUUCCUCUAGCAGGCCGGCCCCCUCAGUGUUUCCCUCUCAGUGUCUACCCCUUGUAGCAAUGAUUUUUCCCACAACCCUACAGCCCAGAGAAACUGGGCUGGAGGAAGCUCAGGCUGGAUCUAGAGAUUCAUUUCAGAAUUAGCAAGGGGGAAAGUGGCUGGAGUGGGUCUCCUUGCCUUUUACAUUCCUAAGGCGUUCCCAGGGGCUGGCCACUGUGACAGGAUCCGUCUGUCCUAUAAGCUGUGCCAGUGACACAGGGAAGGGAGUACGGCCGGCCGGGUAGCGGCAGGGAACAAAUUAGAAAAAAGACCCAAGCCUUCAGGGAAGCCAGCUGUAGGGGAGGAACUUGCUCCCAAUUGACUUGCCAGUGUAGAUCACAAGGAGUAGCAGGUAGCUGGUUGCUAGGCUUAUGGUGGGGGUCAGAGGCUGGGGUACCUGUUGGCUUUUCCCAGAUCUCAGGAGAUAGCCUGAGUUCACUCGGUGAGGACCUCCCCAACCCACUGGCUGCCUCUUUCAUGACUAAAGAUUGUUAGUGACUCAGAACUUCCUGGGACUUCAGGCCCUAGCCAUGGUUCUCGGAUGCAAAUCAAGCACAAAGGAAAUUACCUCCAGGGAUCAUAGCUCCAGGAAGAGCCGGGAGGCUGGAGCUGAAAUAUUAUAAAGGGGGGAGGAGGGGGGCUCCUAGUCUUCUUUUCAGUGCCACCAGCCUCUCACCAACUCACCCUUCAUUCGAGCACCCCAGACCAAAAUGACAGGUGGGGCCAAGACUAGCACUCAGGGCAUUUCCCAGUCUGAGUCUCCCACGGUGCCUGCCAACUGCUCCCUGACUGUCCCUAACAAGGCCUUGGCAGUCGCAGCUCUGCGGGAGGCGUAGAACUAAUGGGUGCAGUGGGUUCUUCGUGCCUGCUGGCUAGCCCGGGCCGGGAGCUGCCGGGCAGAGGCCUUUGGUUGAGCCAGCACUGGCAGAGCCAACAACGCCCGGGGGCGGCCAGAGGCAGCCUCACAACCACAGCACUUAGCUACACGCCCCGCCUACGAACCCCAGUGCCGGGCUGCCCAGAACGCCCGAAGGCGACCCCAGGCCUCGCGGACCCAGGAUCCCGGCCUAGUUGUCUCACCAAGCUGAGGGAGCUCGGGGCAGGGCCGGCGCGGACCCGCGGGGGCUGAGGCCGCACAGAAGGACAUGCCGGCCUCGGCUUACAACGCUCUGCUAGGAAAAUUAACCAAUGAAUAAAGCCACGUUCAGUGCA